AUGUCAGAUGGUAUUGAUGGGAAUAAUGGGGAAAAUGAGGUGGAUUCUCACUCAUCCUCGGUUAUAAAUAAUGAUAAUGAGGGACGUAAGCUGCCAAAGUCAAAAUGUGUUGAGAACCCAACUCACCAGGAGAUCAGGGACGUCCUUCUGGCAGCUGGAUUGAAAGUCGGUGUAGAAAACAAAUUACAUCCCAAAGAGCGGAGCAAAGAAUUGCUGUACCGAGGACGUAUACGUGUGCAAUUAAAAAAUGAUGAUGGCACGCCAGUUAACCCAGAUUACCCUACCCGAGACUCGCUGAUGGGUUACGUUGGGACAAGCAUCCCCAAUCUGAAAACACGCCAGGGUAAACAGAGCUCUAGUGAACCUCAGCAGUCUUCCUCGACGGCUAAAAAAGGCAAAGGCAAAGGCCUCCAUCAAGAGCAAUGUUUAGCUGGCGGAGAAGGAGUAGAAAGUGUCGAAAGUAUUGAAGUUAAUGAGCAUGAUGCUGAUAAUGAUGAGAGUGGACACUCAAGUGGACACAGAUCUCAUAGAAAAAUGUUUGAAUGCGAUGUAUGUAACAUGAAAUUUUCAAAUGGCGCUAAUAUGCGUCGACAUAAGAUGCGUCAUACCGGAGUAAAACCUUAUGAAUGUAGAGUUUGUCAAAAGCGAUUUUUUCGCAAAGACCAUUUAGCAGAACAUUUUACAACACAUUCUAAAACAUUGCCUUACCAUUGUCCAAUUUGCAACCGCGGAUUUCAGCGACAAAUUGCUAUGCGCGCUCAUUUUCAAAAUGAACAUGUUGGUCAACAUGAUAUGGUUAAAUCAUGCCCGCUUUGUAAUUAUCGCGCUGCUACUAUGAAAUGCUUGAGGUUACACUUUUUUAAUAGACAUGGAAUAGAUUUAGAUAAUCCAGGACCAAAUAGUUCAAGUUCAUUAUUAAAUAGUUGUUCACCAAAUGAAGCAAUGCCAUCUGCGCCAUUAUCAGACAGUGGAGACAGUACCGGGAAUCGUUCGGUGGAUAACGCAACCCCACCGAUGCAUUUCCUAACACCCCACGUGGAGAUUUCAAUUCCUUACCCGGAGCAGACGAUGACCGGUCAAAGAAAUUCGAGUCCUGCUCCGCUGAACGGUGACUCUCCCAACAGCCCUCAGAGUGCUGAUAGUAACAGCAAUGCACCGAGCAGCAGUCAUCAUCCGUUACCAAUGCACCGGAGCAUGGUAGAGGACUCAAUCACACCCUCAAUUUCUCUGAUCCCAAUAAAACAAGAACCAAAUAGCAACGGGAUGGAUGAAAGUGGAGCAACCUCCAGCAAUCUUUCACUUCCCUCAUUGAUAAAAGUAUCUCCGUUAAAGUCAUUGCUGAGGGACGAUUUGAGACGUAAGUUAUCAAACACUUCUAACAAUCUUAUUACCAACGCCACCAACAGCACCAACAAUAACAACAACAAUAAUAAUAAUAAUAGUAAUAAUAAUAAUAAUAAUAAUAAUAAUAAUAAUAGCAGCAGCAGUAGCGUUAAUACAAGUGAGAAUAUAUUGAGUAUAAGUAACAUAAAUAAUUUAUCGCAUCUGCGGGAGCCACCGAGUUCAACGAGGCCGGAUCCUCGUUCAAGUGGCCUCCAAUGCACUUACUGUCGGAUUACCUUUCCCGAUCAGACCUUGUAUUUUUUACACAAAGGCUGCCACAGUGACAGCAACCCCUGGAAGUGUAAUAUUUGCGGUGAACAAUGCUGUAAUCUUUAUCAAUUUAAUUCGCAUUUAUUAAGUAAAAGUCAUCAGUAA